UUCCUAUUACCCAGUUUUCCUUUGUGUAUUGAGUGGAUGAAUCAUGAUCCUGGCAGUGAUAAACCUGGCAAUAUGUGUGCCAUAGGCUGUAUGGAUCCUGUAAUCACUGUAUGGGAUUUAGAUAUACAAGACUCUAUAGAGCCCACCUUUAAAUUGGGUUCGAAAGGCAGUCGUAAGAAGAACAAAGAAGCCUAUGGUCAUAAAGAUGCUGUUUUAGAUUUGUCCUGGAAUCGUCAAUAUGAACAUAUUUUAGCUUCUGGUUCAGUAGAUCAAACUUUAAUUCUAUGGGAUUUGGAUGAAGGACAACCUCACACUACUAUAACCGCUUUUGAAGAGAAAGUCCAGUCAAUUGGUUUCCAUCCUGAGGAAGCUCAAAGCAUUUUGGCCGGCUCUGCUGAUGGUUUAGUGCGUUUAUUCGAUUGCCGUGAUCCAGAACAGGUAAACACCUCCUUUGUCAAAUGGCAAAUACCUGGAGAAGUUGAAAAGGUUCUCUGGAAUACUUGUGAUAGUAAUUACUUUAUUAUUGGCUCCAAUGAGGGUUCCUUACACUAUGCUGACAAACGUCAACCCAAAAAAUUAUUAUGGUCUUACAAGGCCCACGAAGAGGAAAUCUCUGGCAUUUGCUUCAAUUCCGAGGUAAAGAAUCUGCUAACCUCCACCUCUACAGAGGGUUGUCUGAAAAUCUGGAAUUUCAAUACUGCCGAAAUUAAGCCGGUCUACUCACAUGACUUCCAAAUGGGACGUUUGCAGUGUAUGAAACAGUGUCCCGAAGAUCCUUUCACUUUGGCGUUUGGCGGUGAGAAACCUCCACGUUGCCGUGUCUUCAACAUCAAGAACUUUGAGGCAGUACGACAAGUAUUUAAUAUACCCACUGUGGAGCAGGAAUAAUUUGUUAAUUUGACAUUUAUUUUGACGCAGGCGUAUUUCCCAUUUUUUACAAAGUUUUCUUUUUUAAUUCUUAUGUACAGUUUUUCAUAAAUUAGUAAUUAAUUUACUAUUAUCGCUAAUAAUUUUUAUUUUAGUAAAAAAUAAAUAUAACUUUUAAAUACAAGUUAA